AUGAAAGCCGUCGUGAACCGCAACAAGGAGCCCGUCCUCCAGAAGAGCCGACCGGUCCCCAAACUGCGAGAUGAUUACCUGCUAGUCAAAGUCAAAGCCGUCGCCCUCAACCCAACAGACUGGAAACACGCUGCAUUCGGCCUCGCCAGAGAAAACGGGUUGUUAGGCUGCGACUUUUCCGGCACCGUCGAGGAAGUCGGCAGCAAAGUCACCAAGUCGUGGUCGAAGGGCGAUGCGAUCAUGGGUGUCGCCCAUGGCGGCAACGCAAGUCAAACCGAGGACGGGGCGUUCGCCGAGUACAUCGUGGCGAAAGGAGAUGUGCAGAUCAAGAAGCCUGACAGUCUGAGCUUUGAGGCCGCGAGCACGCUGCCGCUAGGCGCCACGACGGUGGGACAGGGCUUGUAUCAAAAAGCACUGAAACUCAAAUUGCCUACGGACCCGGUCAAGGAUAAGGAGUAUGUUUUGAUUUAUGGUGGAAGUACCGCGACAGGAGCGCUGGCUGUGCAGUAUGCUACGCUGUCCGGCUACAAAGUCAUAACAACCUGCUCACCCCGCAACUUCGACUACGUCAAAUCGCUCGGCGCGGCCGAGGCAUUCGAUUACAACGACAAAUCUGCCGCCUCGAAGAUCCGUGAAUUGACCGAAAACAAGCUCAAGUACGCAUGGGACACAGUCAGUGAGAAAGACACCGCACAAUUCUGCGCCGAUGCCUUGUCCACGGAGAAGGGAUGUCGAUAUGGUGCGAUUCUGAGCGUGAGCUCACCCAGAGAGGACGUCGAGAGCGUGAGUACGCUCAUGUACACUGUUUUCGGGGAGGAAUUUGAGUUUGCCACGAAUAAAAUCCCCGCGAGCUCUGAGGACUUUGAGUUUGCGAAGAAGUUCAUGGGGAUCACGGAGAAAUUGUUGGCUGAAGGCAAGCUAAAGCCGCAUGCUGAGAAGGUGGGGAAGGAUGGAUUGCAGGGAGUGAUUUCGGGUCUUGAGGAUUUGAAGAGUGGGAAGGUCAGUGGAAACAAGUUGGUUUAUAAGGUUGAGGAGACGCCUUGA